AUGGCUGAAGAAGACAGCCUCGCCGCCCUCCAGGGCCUACACCGCGACUUGUGCGCGCACAUCGACCUGCAGCUGCCAGUCCUGGAGCGACUGCUGCUGAACCUAGAGGCGCAUCUGGAAGAGCUGAAGACGCUAUUGGACAAGAAGCCGAAGAACGAUGCGAGCAGGCAGGCGCUAAGCUCUGGCAAGAUCAGGAUCGACGACAACGAGUAUGAGGUCAACGACGACUUCAAGCAGAAGGCGCUCGAACUCGCCGACGCCCUCAAUCUCGACGAGCUCGACGCCGCUGCCCUCUUUCUGGGCGCCGAGAGCGAAGCCCAGGAGCUCGACCGACCCCAGCUCCAGACCGCCGUGAUCCGCUUCCACCGACGCCGCGAAUAUGUUCUGCUCUGCGUGCGCAUUCUGAUGAAGACUGCGCUGGACAAUGGCGACUCGGAAGUGGAAGGCCUGCCUGUUCUGCAGGAGGCUGCCCAGAUGAUAGUCGGAGUACAUGGCACAACCAACCUGUCCAACGCAUACGGCUUCUGGACCAAGUGCUUGACCAGCAUGGAGGCCGUCGAGAAGUGGCUGCAGUCCGUUGCGGAGCGUGUCCAGAGCACUCAGGUCGUUGGACAAGUGCCCCUCCCUGGCUUCGUCGAGAUAAUGGAUUACCAGCGCCAGAGUCUCACACGGCAGCACGAGAACCUAGCCGCGAUAUGCACGCAUAUGAUCAAGCCCGGAUACGUCAAUCUCGACAACUACAAUGCUUUACUCACCCGCGCCAAGUCCCUCGACCGACACGACCUCAUUACCAUUCACUACGUCCCGAUACUCCUGCGCCUCACAUCUUGGGUCGCAUCCGAGGGUAACAACGUCAUGCUGAGGGAAGCGCGCGCUCUUCACGACUCGCUCAUGGCGGGAAGGGAAAACGACAACUGGGCGCUGAGGAAUCUGCAUUCGGCGACAUUGACGUGGUGGUUGGCGGAGUACAGUGGGCGGUACAUGGACCCCAACACGCAAGACGCUGCAUUGCAGGGCAUCAACUUUGAGGAGGAGGCCAACACCCGAUCUGAAAUCUUCCUGAAAGCACUCGGCGACGGCGCAUUCCAUUUCAUGCUAUCGGUCAGUCAGGAUGUGCGCCCCACGCGCUGGUACGACCCUCAGAAGACUAGCAUGUUAUCUACGCUGUUGCAGGACACCGCGGUCCUGAGCAGAGACUCGCCGCAGCCUGAGGACUUCUUCAAGGAGCUUCUCAUGGAGCAAUUACAGACGUUCGUGGACUCAUUCAUUACUCACAUGCCAGACACUCUACGCAAACUAAAAGCCGAGGAGGACGACCAGCGACGACAAUUACAACUUCAUUUCCAACGCUCAACUGGAGAGUACCCGCUACAUCUCGAACGGUUCAUGGUCAUUGUCGCGUAUGCUUUCGACGGGUUCCCAGACGCAGCGGAAGACUUCUGGAGCGACAAAGAGAGCAAUCUCUACGGAUUCCUGCAAUGGGCAGCCAAGCGCCAACCCACACCCCGGAUAGCCAUGUUCUGCGAGAUGUUACGGGCCAUUGGUUCUGGAGAGGCAAAUGCCGAAGCGGCGCAUCGCUUCCUGCUAGAAGAGGGGGCAUCCGCUUCAGGAAAGAUCCGACGGACGAGUUCGCUCAGCUACACGACCAUCUUCAACGAGCUGCGCGAGUUCGAGAACGACAUCCACGAGCCAAAGAAGCCAAUCCAAAGCGGCGUCUACGCUCAAACCAUGAAUCCAAUCGACCAGAUCGUGGAACCAGAGAGCGCAACUAUGCUGGAAAGCUACCUAAGACUCAUUGCACACAUUUGCCGACAAAGUUCUUCUGCGCGGAUGUGGAUCCUAGAUCUUAAAGAGUAUUCCUUUGCUGGCAUCUGCUUUGGUCUGUGCACCGACAAAGUUGAGAGUGGGCUUCGAGCAGCCGCUUACGACGCUCUGUCAGCUCUGCUUGUGGGCAAGGACUGCACUCGUGCAGAUGCCAUGUGGAGUCUCUUGGAUGAGUGGACGGUCAAUGGCUUCUACACUGGAUCUAGGCAAAACAACGCCUUGGGUGCUACUCCCAGAGAUGACUUGUGGCCAACGCUCGCCGACGGAUACGACGAGUCCAUCGCCCUGGUUCGUUUCCUUCACUCGCUCGUAGAGCCAUACCCGGAGAACGAAGGCUUGAACGACAGUCUACCAUUCCCGGAGGGCCUGGGUUCGUCGCGCAGGAUGCCGGGUAUUGAAAGCUACAUUGACUUCGUCAUGCAGCAGGUGUUUGCAGAACGUUCUUUGGACGUGCUUGAUCCGCUACAACGCAGCGUCAUGCAGUGGACAUGCUUGCGCUUCAUGGUAACAUGUCUUUCCACGUUCAAUGAGAAUCUCGUCGUGUUCGCGAACAAGUCUAGCAUACCUGUUGAUUCGGUCAUCGACCCCACGUCACUUGCUGUGUACGUUGCGCUUCACCCAUUUGCACGCGUCAUGGAAUGGCUCUUCAACGACAAGGUUCUAAAGGCUCUUUUCGUUGCAUCGCAUCACGACGUGACCGAGGUCGACGCUGCUCCAUCUGACUCACCGUUGAUCCAAUCCCUGAUGCUCAGCAUUGAGGUGAUGGAUCUCGUGAUGAAGCUUCAGGCGACGUACCUGGAUAUCGUCAAGCCAGUUCUCAAGCAACAAACGUCGUUCCAGCAUUCUCCCGUGUCGAACUUGUCGCUUGCAUCUUUCGAGGAUGCGAUCUUGAACAACUUGCAAGUUAUUGUCGACCUGGGACUCUACUGCGGUACCGGCCACGAAGCCUUGACCAUCGCUUCUCUUCAACUGCUAGAGAAGAUGGCUUCUUCGCGAAAACUUGCAGUCUCCCCUGCGGGCUUCGGACAACGAUCAGGGCGCAGCAAGAUUGUCGGCAUACUGGAGAAGGACAAUGAAGCCGAGCGCAUUGGUCGGUCGCUCUCGGGUCUGAUGCGGUUCAGCGCCGAAGAGCUCGAAGCUGGUGAGGAUGCUUCCGGAUAUGUUGUCAAGCUUCGCGUAUUGGACUUCUUGAACAGUUGUCUAGCUGCUGUGUCCCUCCGGCCGACCAUAGCCCAUAUCCUUCUCGGCUUCUCAUGCGGACCCAACACUGUCCGCGUUGGAGAGAACAGCCUCUGGUCAAACGGACAAGCCUUGUUCCACAGCAUACUUCUUCUUGGGGUUCAGUAUCCUGACAAUGACGGCGAACAGUUCAUAGCUUGGCGGUCUGCUCUCAAGACCCGAUGCUGGGAUGUCUUGCAGAAGCUCUGGCGGUCGCCGCUGACGAGCGCGCUUGUGAUGGAAGAGCUCCGUGACAACGAGCUGCUCUUUGUGGAGGCCCCCCAACUAACUCCCAUUACCCUUGAUAUUCCCUGGGACGGAAUGUCACUUGCGCAAGGGCUCGAGGUCACGCCUAACGAUUACUCCCCAUUCUUCUCAGGACCACCAGCACUCGCCCUCCAGAGCUUCCUUCAAAGACGCGCUGCUUUCCUCGACUAUGAGUCAAGAGAGCUGCGCUUAACAGUGAAAGAGAGCAUGCCGACUAUGAAGUCUAGGAUCCAAUCUGUCCUUCUCGGUACCACGAUCCGGCCCGGCGAGGACGCAAUGCCGAAUCCGAACAUCUUCGAUCUAUUCGACUUCAUCGAGCUGUCCUAUCCUGAGCGCGCUCUGCCAGAUCAACACAAGUUCUUCGAAGGUGUCAACCUGACCUCAUGUCAAGAAGAAAAAGAGGGCUGCACUCUCUACUCUUUGCCACUCUUGGAACAGGUCAUCCGUCUCAAGAUGAAGUACUGGCGGAAAGAGGGCAUCCUGACUGAUCAGGAGCAAGAAGAGCAACUUGUUGAGCAAGCCGAAUUGCUCAUGGCUAUCUUCGUGGACUGGAACCGUCGCACGCAACUUCUCCGCUACCACAAGGACAUUCUACAGUCGUGGGUUCAAGUCGUCAUGGUCGCGGUACACAGCUGCGAUUUCGAGAACAGCGCGCGCAGUUCGUUCAUCAUGCAGACGCUACAAGUCAUCCUACCCAAGCUUGAGCAGUCAUACUCCUCCGACAUCUUCACGGCUCUCCAACUCGCCAGCCUAGCAGAGGCUCUCAUUCAAAAGGUCGACUUUGAGUCAACCGCAUUCGACAAGACAGGCGACUUCGCAAACGACCGCCUCUCUCAACUCUUCCGCGCGGCGCUCAUCGGCAUAUACAGCCCCGUGUCCACCGCCGAACUACGGGAAUACUGCUACCAGAUCUGCUUCCGCUACAUCCACGGCACCUUCAACAAAGCAACGCCCAACUCCCUCCUCGGCCGCCACACCCUCAGCGCCAUCAAGAACUGCGGCACCAACAUGCUCGAAGUAAUCUGCGACGACGCCUACAGCGGCCAGGGAACCUGCAAAGUCUCCGCGCUCCUCCUCCUCAACGCCUUCGUCUCAGCCGCAACACGCCAAUCCUCCAAAUACAUCCUCGACAGCUUCGUGUCCCUAAACUUCGUCGGCGUCCUUGUCGACAACAUCAAGCACAUCCCCGAAGAACUCUUCGCCGCUGCAGCACCCCAAGUCCCUGUCCUCCUUUCCUACUACGACGCCAGUCUCGCUCUCCUCCUCCGCGUAUGCCAGUCCCGUCUCGGCGCCGCCCAUGUUCUGAACGCCGGUCUCUUCCCCGCUAUCCGCGACUCGCAGCUCUUCUCCGUAGACCCGGAUAUCGGCCUUGAAUUUGACGAUCCCAACGCGCUGCGCAAGUACUACGAGCUCAUGCUCGCUGUGCUGCGUGUUAUCAACGCUGCGGUCAUUGCGCGGGGCAGGCAAAAUGAUCAAACGGUGUUCCAGGCGAGAGAGUUCCUGAAAGACAAUAGACAUAGCAUGGUUAGUGUCUUCAAGAGGAGUGUUAAUGUUGGUGUGGGCAUGGGCGAGGAACUGCAGCAGGAUAUUGUGGAUUUGGUGGAUUGUUGGACCGUUUUGGUGGAUGUUACGGGAUUUUUGCAGUAUGAGGAUCAGUCGAGUGCGAAGAAGGUUAGGGUGAAUAUGUUCUCUUGA